AUGCUUGAAAUAUUGUCUGAUGAUGAAUUAAUGGAAAAACGUAUAGAAUUACGACAAAAAUUGAAAAAUAAAUUAUUAACAUUAUCACCAUCAGGAUAUAUAUUUGAUUCAUUUAAUAAUUUUAUACCAAAUUCACGAGAUUUAGAUUUUAUUGAAAAACAAGGUUUAGAUUGUGCCAUAAAUUAUUUAAUUAUUAAUAAUAUAAAUAAAUUUCAUAAACGAAUACCAAAUAUAUGUUCAAUUUGUCAAAUAGAUCAUACAGAAAAUUGGUGGUAUUCAUUAUCAAAUAAUAAACAAAUCAUAUAUUUAUGUGAUCAAUGUGAACAAAAUCGAAUUCGACAUGUUAUUCUUGAACAACAUCGUCAAUCAAUGAAAUCAGCUUUUUUACAAGCCAAAGAAAGUGAACGUCGUUUAGAAGUUAAUUAUCAACAACAGAAAAAAUUUACUAAAUAA